AUGCACUCGGCUUCCAGUAUGCUGGGAGCGGUGAAGAUGGAAGGGCACGAGCCGUCCGACUGGAGCAGCUACUAUGCCGAGCCGGAGGGCUACUCCUCGGUGAGCAACAUGAACGCCGGCCUGGGGAUGAACGGCAUGAACACGUACAUGAGCAUGUCCGCGGCCGCCAUGGGCAGCGGCUCCGGCAACAUGAGCGCGGGCUCCAUGAACAUGUCCUCGUACGUGGGCGCGGGCAUGAGCCCGUCCCUGGCCGGCAUGUCCCCCGGUGCGGGCGCCAUGGCGAGCAUGGGCGGCUCAGCCGGGGCGGCCGGCGUGGCGGGCAUGGGGCCGCACCUGAGUCCCAGCCUCAGCCCGCUCGGGGGACAGGCGGCCGGGGCCAUGGGCGGCCUGACCCCCUAUGCCAACAUGAACUCCAUGAGCCCCAUGUACGGGCAGGCAGGCCUGAGCCGCGCGCGCGACCCCAAGACGUACCGGCGCAGCUACACGCACGCCAAGCCGCCCUACUCCUACAUCUCGCUCAUCACCAUGGCCAUCCAGCAGAGCCCCAACAAGAUGCUGACGCUGAGCGAGAUCUACCAGUGGAUCAUGGACCUCUUCCCCUUCUACCGGCAGAACCAGCAGCGCUGGCAGAACUCUAUCCGCCACUCGCUGUCUUUCAACGACUGUUUCCUCAAGGUGCCCCGCUCGCCGGACAAGCCCGGCAAGGGCUCCUUCUGGACCCUGCACCCCGACUCGGGCAACAUGUUCGAGAACGGGUGCUACCUGCGCCGCCAGAAGCGCUUCAAGUGUGAGAAGCAGCUGGCCCUGAAGGAAGCCUCAGGCGCCACGGGCGGUGGCAAGAAGGGGGCCGCGGGGCCCCAGACCUCGCAGGGCCAGCUCGGGGAGGCCCCCGGGCCGGCCUCCGAGACUCCGGCGGGCACUGAGUCGCCCCACUCGAGCGCCUCUCCGUGCCAGGAGCACAAGCGAGGGGCCCUGGGGGAGCUGAAGGGGACGCCGGCCGCGGCCCUGAGCCCCCCGGAGCCGGCGCCGUCGCCGGGGCAGCAGCAGCAGCAGGCGGCGGCCCACCUGCUGGGGGCCCCCCAUCACCCAGGCCUGCCGCCGGAGGCCCAUCUUAAGCCGGAGCACCACUACGCCUUCAACCACCCCUUCUCCAUCAACAACCUCAUGUCCUCGGAGCAGCAACACCACCACAGCCACCACCACCACCAGCCCCACAAAAUGGACCUCAAGGCCUACGAACAGGUGAUGCACUACCCUGGCUAUGGUUCCCCAAUGCCGGGUAGCCUGGCCAUGGGCCCAGUCACGAACAAAGCGGGCCUGGACGCCUCGCCCCUGGCCGCAGACACCUCCUAUUACCAGGGAGUGUACUCCCGGCCCAUAAUGAACUCCUCUUAAGAAGACGGCUGGAGCGGGCUAGCCCGGGACAAGGACAAGAGAGAGGAAGUGGGGCGGAGAGUUUGAGGAAGGGGUGUUAGAGAGAUCCAAGGGAGAAGAAAUCCAUUACAUCCCCAGCCCCAGGACAGCAGUCUCCCCUCACCUUCCGCAGCUCUCCCUCCCAAACAGAGGGGCCACACUGAUAUCUGUUAUUCUAUAUAAGGAGGGAAGGCAAAAAGAGAAAUAGUCAAAAACAAACAAACAGAAAAGAGGAAGAAAAGAGUAAAAAGCCUCCAGUUUCCACUACUGUGUAGACGCCUGCUUCUUUAAGCAUUUGAGAGUUCUGAUUUUUUGUUGUUGUCUUUCUCCUCCAUUGCUGCUGUUGCAGGGAAGUCUUACUUUAUUAAAAAACAAAAAACAAAAACA